GAUCCAUUUUUGAGACAGAUCUAUUAUCUAUUCGAUCGGUAUAUAAACAUAUCGAUUAUUAAUUCGACAGAUGAUAAAAUAAAAGUAGACCAUUUUGCUAAUUAGAAGCUUGAAGAAGUUUUAAUAGCCAAUUGUUUUUAGUAGGCUAUUUUGCUAAUGGAUAGCAUAUCUAGGACCAGUCCCAAAUAGAUAUAAAUAGGGAUGAUGUAAUUGCAUUUGUAACCCAAUCCAUUUUAAACAGUCUUGUUCAAUUACAAAUUCGUCUAUCAAAAAUCAUUUUUUUUACCCCGCUUAUGAUUUUGGAGUAACAGAAGGAUGGGCACUAGCAUUGAUGAUGGUGGGCCAUUCCCUGAAGAUUUGACGCUGGACAUUCUACAAAGGUUGCCAUUUAAGUCGUUGUUGCGGUUCAAAUGCAUAAGCAAGAACUGGUACGGUCUUAUCAGUAGCCCUGCGUUUGUGGGCAAACACUUUAAUUAUCAUGGAAACAAGAAACGCCCCAAAAUACAAUUUCAUGACAUCGACAGACCUGCAUCGGAUGAUGAUUUGAUUCCUAUGAUCAUAUUUUCGGAGGAUGAUUCAGAAGGAGGAGGAGAAGGAACCCCUUUAAUUGAAAAACCUCAUCAUCUUCGGGGUUUUGGUGUUGAUAAGUUGUUCUACGGUCCUGUGGAUGGCGUGUUUUCGUUUAGUGGAACAAGGUCAACAACUGAAUAUGACCCUUGUUUGGGACUGUGGAAUCCUGCAACCAGGGUGGUAACCACUCUCCCUCCAGUCCACUUCAAGCCUCAACCAGCAUUUCUCCUAGAUAUAGCUGGCAUUUUUGGGUUUGGAUUCGAUCCCCCCCUUCACAAGUAACUACAAGGUGGUUUGGGUCCGCCGGUUCAACGAUUAUGACUAUACGAUCCAUCGAUCAUAUGGAGCCGUUUAUUCCUCUUCUACCAACUCUUGGAGAAUCCUUGAAAAUAAACAUCACAAAGUUCUAACCUCCGUCCCUUAGUAUUGACUCUACUCCCAGUUCUUCUGAUUACCUGAAUGGAACUUAUUACUGGAUAGUCCAAGACGACGCCCUUCUUUCAUUUGACUUUGGCAGUGAGGUGUUCCAUCAGAAUAGCAGGCCAGAUGUUCCACGUCAUCAUUUUAGCAGCUUGAUGUUGCUUGAUGGCUCCAAUAAAAUCAUGGCCAAAGCUUUCAACUCAGUCUUUACUAUAUGGCUUAUGAUUGAGCCUGGUGUUUGGAACAAACUUCAUACCUUUCAAUGCACUUCAAUUAUUGAGCCUUUCUAUCGUGGCUUUUGGGAUUCUACCACUGCCAUUUUCCUUGAUACGAGUGAUUGGCUCUUCUCUUACGAUGUUGUGACCCAGGAGACAAAGCCUCUUGGAUUUCAACUUCAGGGCGAUCAUUGUUCUAUUUGUGUUCAUUAUUAUAAGGAGAGCUUACUGCCAAUUUAAGUGAAGAAAAAUAGAUCUAGUGCAACCAUUCAUGUAGCUUAACUGAAAUAUUUUGGAUGUUUGCAGCUAAGAUAUGGCUUAUUUAAGGUCAACUUCUUCAAGCAGUUUGCUUUACACAA